AGCGGAGCCUAAUAAACCACCCACAUCACUUCCAGGCGCGCGCGCCGCAACCAGCCCGCCCGAGCUCCUACCGAACUGGAACUGCCCGCAAACCAGCCUGUCCGCCUGGGGCAGGCCGUCCAUCAACAUUCAUCCCUGCACAAGCUCGCUCCCAGCACCACUACCGCCGCCGCCAAGGACCCUCCUCCCAGUUGGGCCAACGUCAGCGUUUCGAGAACCCGUCCCUUGGUCGCUCCCUCACCGUCCAUGUCCGCGAUCGUACCCAUGAUGCGCUCCGCAUGAGCUCGAGCUGCUCCGAUGCAGAACCGGCCCAGCCAGCGCCGAUGACGACAACCCGAAUACCAUGAGCGAUGACGCCUCCCCCCGCAGGACGGCGCGCGGCGACGGCGCAUCGCCACGUGCCAUGGGAGCACCGUCGAGCGCGCCGCCGCCGCCGCCGCCCAUCGAUCGAGAAGACGACGAGCCCGACGACCACGGCGGCGACCUUGGCGAUGCUGCGCCGCCCUCCCCGUCGCGCUCGCGCUCUGGGUCGCGGCCCCGGCGCAAGAAGAGGAGCCGCAAGAAGCGAAACCCCGGCCUCGCCAAGAAGCUCACCUUCAUCACCCACCUCCUCAAGACGCUCGACCUGGUUGUCUUUGCCGAACUAAGCGCCCUGUACUAUAUGGAAUGCUCCAUGUUUCGCUUCCUGCUGCGUGCCGCUGGCCAGUACAUAUACCUGACGCCCAAAGACAACUCUUUCCCGUUCUUCAUGCCGGCCAGCCGCCUGCACGUUCUACUCAUCAUCAUACCCAACCUCAUCUGCAUGCUGCUGCAUCUGUUUGGCCGUCUCCCGCACGGACCCGGCUUCCACCGGGGGUACCAGCACGGCGGGCUCAUCAUCGACUUUGUCGGCCAGCGGCCGCCGACCUACCGACUAUACUACGUCCUAGCGGACAUUGUCAUACUUGCCGUGCAGUGUCUCAUGCUCACGGUGCACACCCAGAGGGAAAAGAUGCGCGUUGCCCUCAAGACUUUUAGACCGCUGGUGCCGGACAUCGCGCAGGAGCUGGCGACGGCACGGUCCGCCGAGGACCUGGAUGCCGAGGAGCGGGGUGUGCUUCGACAUGCACCAGGCAUGGACGUGGAUGAGGCCGAAGAAGACGGCGGCGUCGAGCUGCAAACGUUGAACACGGACGGGGCGCAGGAAGGCGAGGACAGUGCGCGCAUGGAGGCGUCGGGCUCGCUGCUGCGGCCAGUCACGACCGAGGCCGGCUCCAGAUCCCAGCUGUCGGAUAUCAUGAACUCGGGCAACGCGGUCCUCGGCGAGUACCACAUCGUCCGCUCGCUCGCCUCGGCGGCGAUUGACCUCGAGCGCUCGGCCGCCAACUCGCUCCAGACCAUCGGCUACGGCGCGACCAUGGCGGCUCUGCGCGCGCGGAGACAAGGUGCUGCGGCUCAAACGGCGACGCAGCAUCCUAAUAGAUAGACCGUUGAUACCACGACCGGAUAUAAAUGUUGCACGACGCCACUUGCACCAUGUCAGCUUAUGAUUACGCUAUCUUCCUACCCACGUUCCCUACGCCUGUGCCCUUUACUGAAACGACCAAGUCGCCCGACUCGUCCUCGACGUCUCGCAGUCCCCAGCUGCUCGCACCAAACGUCUUGAGGUCUCUCGCCAAGCCGACCAGGUCCUCCGUCCCGAUGACUUCCCUUCCUAUCCGUAGCCGGCCCACGUCCUCUGACCCCAUGGCCAUGAGUAUCAGCACGGCGCCCGCCGACACCUGGCUCACGCAGCCACCCUGUUCGAUCUGCUCCAGCAGCUGGUAGGCGCACCGCUUGCCAAUGUCCUCGGGCACAACGCCACCCGACGGCGGCACGACCACGUCUGCCGAGUAGAGCACGCCCGUGGAGCUCGACUCGGCGACAAGGCUAAGGCCGAAACCGAUGCCGAGCCGGCGCUUGUUGCCCGACUUGUCCGUGGGCACCAGCGGGGCCUGGUCGUACUGCGCCGCGACGUGGAUGUCCGAGACGAGCGGGUUGAGGACCUCGCGGGCCGAGUGGAUCAUGCGGGCGUUGUUGGACGCCGACACGCCGGUGCAGUACGCGACGCCGCGGAUGCGCUUUAUCCUCCCGGGGCUGCGGUUCAGGUGCAGCGUCUUGGGCAGCCGGACCUGGCUGGCGAAGCGCAGCUCGACGCACCCGCCGCCGCCCUUGCCGCCGGGCCCGGCGCACGACCGUGACAGCACGCGCAGUUCGAUGCGCGCGGGGGGGAUGCCGAAGAGCCCCAGGAGCGGCAGGACGGCGGUGCGGAACGUGUCGACAGAGACGUCGCCCGUCUCCGUCGCGGCGGUGAUGACGCCGGGGCCCGAGAAGCGCACGUUCAUGUGCGCUUUGGAGAAGGGCGCCAGCAGGCACAGCGGCAGCAGGAAAUAGGUGAUGCCGCGGGUGCAUGAGUCCGGGAUGUGGUGCUCGAUAACAUCGCCCUCGACGGCGCCCUGGCCCGCAAUGGUGCCCGAGAUGAGGCCCGGGUGGUACGUGAUGGUGGUGCCCGUAUAGGAUAUUUGCAUCGAGGAGCCGUUGGUGACGGCCUCGAGGAGCCGCAGGAAGGAGAUUUCAUGCGAGGCGAGGCCUGGGUUUGUCGGUGAUGAGCUGCGGAUCUUGGAGAUGUGGAUGGGCCGGCCGGUGAGCGUCGAGAUGGUGAGCCGCCGCGCAAAGGACCGAUGUCCCGUGAAGCGCAGGUACUCGGGCGCUGGAUUGGACAUUUUGAGCGUCCGGGCUGUCGGGAGCG